AAUAAAUAGUCACUGUUGCUUUACUGUACUACAAGUGCAGAAAGAAGCAUCUGCACAACUGUGCCAUGAUGUUAAAAAUUUACAGCCUGCUCGCAUAUGCAGGAUACGCCGUGGCCAUUCAAUGUUAUCAAGCGAAAGUAGGAAACGGAUGGGAAUGUGCAAACAGUCGGAGAUUUUACAAUACUGAGGCUAAUCUAAGUGAAGUAUUGAGCGAAUCCUUGUUCGAUCAAACUUGCUGCAAACAAGAUGCAUGUGCAACCCAUACUGAAGGCCUAGUUCUCAAAGUAUACAACCAGUGUCCCGCUGUUGGCGGCGGCUCAUAUGCGAGCGCUAGUCCCUCACUAACUCCUUGAGCUUCAGGUACAGCAGCUGCCUCAGGAACUCCUUCAGCCUCCGCGUCAAGUGCAGAAACGUCUUCGGUUUCGGCAAGAAGUACACCCCCAUGGUGUCUACAAAGCUCCGAACUUUCGAAUUGCGAGCAAACCUAUAAUUGUAAUGAAACAAAUCCUGAUUGUUUCUGUUACAAGAACAAGGAGACAGAUCCACUGUGUGCUGCUUGUCAUUACAACUAUUGUGAUCAAUGCUUCAGUGACCAACAGGACAAUUACAAACCUGUACAACAAUCGCGAUGCAUCAACUGUGCAGAUGCCCACAAUAUCGAUUCGAUCGACUUCGUAUGUACCAAGUGUGAGCACGAAAAAGGUUGCACUCUAGGUACUUUGAACGGUCAAACCAAGAAUAGCAAUGAAUUCCAGGUAUUCGAAAUGGAGUGGUACCAAAACGAUGCUGGCCUAUGGUCGUUAAGAAAAACCACGGGCGUGGCAGUCAGCACGAAUCACGAUUACAUUAACCAUCUCGAAGAGAAUGGUUGCACGAGCGAACGCAACAGUGAAGGCCAAUGUGUAACAAUGACCGAUACCCUUUUCCAACUGUCAUGGCCGGGACCAACUCCAGCACCGACUCCCACACCUUCUGUUUCCGAAGGUACAGUAAUUGUAGCUAGAUCCACGCCACUGAAGUGUCAAAAAGUCGGCAACGAAUUGGUAAAUUGUUUGAAUAACAACUGCCGAAAUGUUGCAGAUGCUGACUGCGUUUGUUACAAGGAUAAGGAGAUCGACACGAAGUGUCAGAAUUGUAAUGACAGUGGGUGCGGUGGAUGCUACAAUUCCAACACUAACUAUCAACCGUUCCAGAAAUCGCCAUGCGUGGACUGCGCGACAGCUCACAGUGGAACCGACGGAUUCGUUUGCACUCAAUGCCAACAAGGGAAGGGAUGUACACAAGGUACGUUGAAUGAUCAAACCAAGUAUUCGCAGGACAUGAAGGUGUAUGAGAUGGAGUGGUACAUAACUUCCACUGGUGAGUGGUCUGUCCGCAAAACGGAUGGAGUCUUUAUAUCCACUGACCAGAAUUACAUCAACAACGUGCAGAACAAUGGCUGCACCGAUAACAAUUGCUCUGAGUUCACUGAAACGCUAUACCAGACGAGUUGGUAGACCAUUCGACUAUUUUUUAUUUACUUAUCAUAACUUGUAGCCUCGUAUGUGUUACUUGGUCGAUCAUAAAGUAAAACAAUAAACGCCUACUGCCGAGGAAAACGUGUAGUUGUAUGGGCAACGUGAC